CGGCGGCGCGGGAGCGGAGGCUCGAGCGGGCGCCGGAGCCGGAGCGAGAGCGGGUCCCGCAGUGGGGGACCGCGCCGCGCUGCUGAGGGAGCCAGGCCGCCCAGCCCGGCCGGCCGGCCGCGGGGCCACGGCCACGGCCACGGCGGAGGCCGAGAGCUGGGAGCCACGAGAUUUGAGGCAACGGGACCUGUCAGCAGAAUGUGUCCUCUCCCUGUGCGAGACCCCGAGGCCACCGAGAUGAGAGCCGAGGCCUGGCCCUCACAAGUGCCCGCGUCUCACUAGCCAGGAGUCUGCCCGGCGCCAUGGUGUACUAGCCCCGAAGAGCCGCCCGCAAGCUCAGGUCUCCACAGACCCGGGAUUUGCACGGCAGCGGAGUCACCGUGGAGAGGCCAGGGUACCACAAACUUAUGGAUUUUGACAAGAAAGGAGGGAAAGGGGAGUCAGAGGAGGGCCGGAGAAUGUCCAAGACCGGUGGCCGGACCAGCCACAGCGUCCGGAGCACAGGGACCAGCUCGGGGGUCCUGAUGGUGGGCCCCAACUUCCGGGUCGGGAAGAAGAUAGGCUGUGGCAACUUCGGGGAGCUGCGGCUAGGAAAGAAUCUCUAUACAAAUGAAUACGUAGCUAUCAAAUUGGAGCCCAUCAAGUCCCGGGCGCCGCAGCUGCACCUGGAGUACCGCUUCUACAAGCAGCUCAGCACCGCAGAGGGCGUCCCUCAGGUCUACUACUUUGGCCCAUGCGGGAAGUACAACGCCAUGGUGCUGGAGCUGCUGGGGCCCAGCCUGGAGGACCUGUUCGACCUGUGCGACCGCACGUUCACGCUGAAGACGGUGCUCAUGAUCGCCAUCCAGCUGAUCACGCGCAUGGAGUAUGUGCACACCAAGAGCCUCAUCUACCGCGACGUGAAGCCCGAGAACUUCUUGGUGGGGCGCCCAGGCAGCAAGCGGCAGCACGCCAUCCACAUCAUCGACUUCGGCCUGGCCAAGGAGUACAUCGACCCCGAGACCAAGAAGCACAUCCCGUACCGCGAGCACAAGAGCCUGACGGGCACGGCGCGCUACAUGAGCAUCAACACACACCUGGGCAAGGAGCAGAGCCGCCGCGACGACCUGGAGGCGCUGGGCCACAUGUUCAUGUAUUUCCUGCGCGGCAGCCUGCCCUGGCAGGGGCUGAAGGCGGACACGCUCAAGGAGCGCUACCAGAAGAUCGGGGAUACCAAGCGGGCCACGCCCAUCGAGGUGCUCUGCGAGAGCUUCCCAGAGGAGAUGGCCACGUACCUGCGCUACGUGCGGCGCCUGGACUUCUUCGAGAAGCCCGAUUACGACUACCUGCGUAAGCUCUUCACUGACCUCUUCGACCGCAGCGGCUUCGUGUUCGAUUAUGAGUACGACUGGGCCGGGAAGCCCCUGCCCACGCCCAUCGGCACCGUCCACACCGACCUGCCCUCGCAAACUCAGCCUCGGGACAAAGCCCAGUUGUACAGCAAAAACCAGGCACUGAACUCCACCAACGGGGAGCUGAAUGCGGACGACCCCACCGCUGGUCACUCCAAUGCGCCCAUCACAGCUCCCGCAGAAGUGGAGGUGGCCGACGACACCAAGUGCUGCUGUUUCUUCAAGAGGAGAAAGAGGAAAUCGCUGCAGAGACACAAGUGACCCUGGCGGUGGCGCUCUGCGCCUCCCGCUGCAGCCCUUGGGGGAGCUGGUGCGCCAGCGGCCCACGGCCAGGACUCAGACCGUGGGCCAGGACUCAGACCGGGGCUCCGAGCUGCCGGGCCGCCCGCCCCCGCGUGGGUC